AUGUUGAUUCGCAAUGUUGAGGUCGAAAAGCAGGCCUGCAUGCACGUUAACUGGUGCGAUCUGUUUCGGAAAGACACGAUCAAAUCCUGCAUCAUUCCCGUGCCGGAAGAUGUGUUGGCCUAUCUGCGGCAAGAUAUGCUUAUCCUGCCGAAGGAGUGUACCAACUUCACCGACGUGAGCACCGGCGAAGGAUUCCAAACCACGCACUAUAAUGCGUUCGACGAUGAGUUUGGUGAUAGCGACGGUGAGGCCGAGGAACCUGAAGAAGAGCAGCCCGCUUUUACGGCAUUCUCGCAAACACUCACGGAUGCCAUUGCGAGUCUUGGAGGAACGGCAUUUUUAAAAACCGAUUGGCACUGCCCUAAGGAUGCCCAGUGGAUAACGCUGGGACAAUCGCUGUGUGUGCGCGACAUUACCGAUGUGUAUCAGUUGCUGAAAGCGUCUAGCUUUUGCAAGGAAGACUUCCGGGAACGUUCCACUGUAAAUGACAGUGGGUAUCAUAUCGUGUUGAAGAAAUGGCGGGACAUACAUCCUGGAUCGGAGUUUCGAUGCUUUGUACGUAAUCGAUCAUUGAUGGCGAUCUCACCGCGACAUUGGCCAUCGUACCAUGAGCAUAUAGCGCGAGAACGAACCGACAUUGUGACGGAUAUUGUGUCACUGUUCAAAGAGAAGAUUAAGGAUACUUUCCCACUGAAGGAUUAUGUUUUCGACGUUUACCGCCCAGCCAAGGAUAAAGUCAUCAUCAUGGACUUUUCGCUCUACGGCAAAGGACAUUCCGACAGCCUGGCGUUCGAUUAUGACCAGCUGGAACAUGAGUCACUGGUAACAACAAUUGGGGAAGAGGAUGAUCCAGAAUUCCGUUACCUGCCAAACGAUUGCGGAAUACAGCCGAUCAAGCGCAACGUGUACGGAUUUCCCCAAGAUUUCAGAAACUUCUUUCAAGGCGCCGCUUCAUCAGACGCAACCACCGAGGGUGACAGUAACAAUUUGGUGAACCGAUUGAUCGAGCAGUGCAAUCUGCAACAACUGCACGAUAAUGCAGAGGACCAACCAUAA